AUGACUAAGAGCAGCUUCAAGCAAGAGCAUGAUUUUGAGAAGAGGAGGGCUGAAGCUAAGAGAAUCAGGGAGAAAUACCCAGACAGAAUUCCGGUAAUUGUGGAGAAGGCUGAGAGAAGCGAUAUUCCCAACAUUGACAAGAAAAAAUACCUAGUCCCGGCUGACCUGACAGUAGGUCAAUUUGUUUAUGUAAUCCGGAAGAGAAUUAAACUGAGUGCGGAAAAGGCAAUUUUUAUAUUUGUGGACAAUGUUCUCCCACCAACUGGAGCAAUAAUGUCCACAAUCUAUGAUGAAAAGAAGGAUGAAGAUGGAUUUCUCUACGUUACGUACAGCGGGGAAAAUACAUUUGGAUGA